AUGGCGCUUCCUACAACGUACCGGGCCUUCAGGCGUACUGAAGGUGAUCUACCACAUACCAUCAAGCUCUCAGAGGAGACACUUCCGCAGAACAUCGGAUCCCACGAUGUGCUGAUCAAGAUCCACGCCGUCUCUCUCAACUACCGCGAUGUGGCAAUGCUGAAUGGGAAAUAUCCUGUCGAGGUCGAGGAUCGCGGCAUGCCUGCUUCUGAUUGCGCUGCUGAAGUUGUGGCUGUCGGGUCCGAGGUGACCAACUUCAAGAAAGGGGACCACGUCGCGCCAAUUUUCAAUCUCUCCGUCCUUACUGGCCACGAGGACGAUGCCAUGCGAGCACUGGGGGGAGAUGUUCCGGGCGUGUUGCGGGAAUACGCUGUCUUUGAUGAUAGUGUUCUUGUGCACUUGCCCCCACAUCUCUCCUGGGAAGAGGCCUCCACUCUGACCUGCGCUGGGGUAACUGCAUGGUCGGCGCUCAAUUGGCCGCAAUCGUUGGAGAGUACUCGUAGUGUUCUAUUGCAGGGCACCGGAGGUGUGAGCUUGUUCGCUUUGAUUCUUUGUGAAGCCGCUGAUAUCACAUCUAUUAUCACAUCUUCCUCUGAUGAGAAGAUCGCGAAUCUCAAGAAAGCUUGGUCCAAAGUCGAGGGCAUCAAUUACAAGACGAGUCCGGAUCAGGAGAGCGAAGUUGCCCGUCUGACUAACGGUAGAGGCGUUGACGUAGUUGUUAACAACACAGGAGUCGGUUCGUUGAUUACCGACCUCAAAUCUUUGCGCCAGAGAGGAGGUGUGGUCUCCUUGGUCGGCUUCCUGGCAGGCUUGGACGGACAAUGGAACCCCAGUGAGCUCAUGUCCAUCAUGUACAAGACUGCAAUCUUGAAGGGCAUUGCCGUUGGAUCCAAGAUCGACUACGAAAGAAUGAACCAGUUCUUAUCAGAACGAAAAGUCAGCCUGGAACCGGUGAUCGACAAAGUGUUCUCUUUUGAGCAGUCGCCUGAGGCAUUCGACUACUUAUACUCGGGGAAGCAUGUUGGAAAGGUGGUCAUCAAAUUGUGACCGUGCGUGCAUGGGACUUAGGUAUAAGGCGAACCAUCAGGUGAUUACAGCAAGUACAUGAAACGCCUAUGAAUGCACGCACGCGCCCUCGAACUUGAUCCUCCUCAGGCCAUGCACUCGUUGUGCAUAAUGAUUUCAAGUAAAUCAACCCUUCGAAAUGUACGUUUCAAAAGACGCUAUCAUCAUAAUCUUUGUUCUUCAUACAGC